AUAGGUUAGUAGUUCCAUCCUCCAAAACAGCCAAGACGAUGGCAGCGGUGGAGCAGCAGGACGCGAGCGCGCGGUACUUUGCCCGGCCGAAGAAGAUACCGCUCCCGACCAACUACCGAAACGCGAUCAAGUACGUCCGGCUGGCGAUCGAGGAGCAGCGCAACGUGCAGGAGCUGCUCGAUCAGGACCGGCACUUCCGGGCGGGCCGCACAAUCGUCGGCCGGGUGCUGACCAACUGGCCCAAAAUCGAGGCCGUCUAUGCGAGCCUCGACCUGGCGGCGAAGGAGCCGAGGCUGAACCCGUGGCUGGCGAAGGUGCUGAUCAGCGAACUGCUGUUCGGGAGCGGCCGGCUGGUCGGCAACUCUCUGCCGGUCGAGUGCUUGCAGCAGUACCAGCAGCAGGUGCACGACGCCCACAAGGAGCUGCUGGAGAAGAUGCCUGCCGCGGGCCACGUCAAAGAGCCACGGUUCGUGCGCAUCAACACGAACGCGCUGGACCUGGAGGGCGCGAAGCGCCUGCUGGCCGAGGAGCAGUGGAUGCUGGUGGAGGAGCGCUUCGCCGACUACGGUGCGUUUAUCGAGCGCGUCAAAACGCUCGCCGACGCGGAGUACAUAGAGGACUUUCACUUUCCCGAUCUGCUGGUGUUCCCGAACAGUGCCAAAUCGUUCUGGUCGCGGGCCACGCACCUGCACGAUCAGUUCCUGCUGCAGAACAAGGCCUGCCUGCUGCCGACCUAUCUGCUCAAGCCGAGCAAAAAGUCCGUCGUGCUGGACAUGUGCGCGGCGCCCGGCCUGAAGACGACGCAUCUCGCCUGCCUGAUGAAGAACCGGGGCCGCAUCUACGCGGUGGAGCGCAGCGAGCAGCGAUACCAGACGCUGUGCCAGUACGCCAGCGCGUUCGGCGUGAUCAAGACGAUCCACAGCGACUGUCUCGACCUGACCGACGAGCAGCUGCCGGGCGUCGAGUUCGUCCUGGUCGAUCCGAGCUGCUCCGGGUCGGGCAUGCUGCAGCGCCAGAUCGUGCCGGAACCGGUCGAUCAGGAGCGGCUGUUCAAGCUCGCCGGCCUGCAGUACAAGCUGGUGUCGCACGCGAUGAACGCGUUCCCGGCCGUGCGCCGCAUCGUCUACUCAACCUGCUCUCUGCACGAGGAGGAGAACGAGCGGGUGGUGCAGGGCGUGCUGCGGCACAACGGCCACUUUCGGCUGCUGGACGCGCGCAAGGAGCUCGGCAAGGAGUGGCCGAACGUCGGCUCGCCCGACUACCCGGACGUCGGCGAGCGCUGCCUGUACGCGAAGACGGUCGACGAUCUGACGAUCGGCAUGUUCGUCGCCGUGUUCGAACGGUGCCCGGAGGGGGUGCAGAACGAGGUGUAUCUGGCGCACGAGAAGCAGAAGGAAAGCUACGAGCGGAUGCACUGGUACAGCGACAAGGCGGAAAGGGCGCUGGCCGAGGCAAGGGGCAAACACCAACGCACGUAUCGGACAAGUGAGCGGGGCGAGGGAGAACUGAAUGGGGAGCCAGGGGCGGAUGCAGGGGUGGUGGCGGUGCAGCAUAACGCUGCCAAAACAUCCACAACGGAAUUGAAGGUUCCAGAGCAAAGCGUACAGGAGCAAGGGGUACAGGAGGCGAAUGGGCUGGAAAAUGUAGAAGCAGAGGUGAAUGGUGAAACCAAGACGAAGAAAAAACGGACAAAGAAAGAGACAGAAAAGGAGGAAAAUGGGUUGGAAAAUGUAGAAGCAGAGGUGAAUGGUGAAACCAAGACGAAGGAAAAACGGACAAAGAAAGAGAAGGAAGAGAAUGUGAACGAGCAGGAAGUAGAGGUAGAAGUUGAAGGCAAAGUGGAGAAAAAACGGAUAAAAAAAGAGAAGGAUGAGGAGGAAAAUGGGCUGGAAAAUGUAGAAGUAGAGGUGAAUGGUGAAACCAAGACGAAGAAAAAACGGACAAAGAAAGAGAAGGAAGAGGAAGAAAAUGGGCUGGAAAAUGUAGAUGCAGAGGUGAAUGGUGAAGCCAAGACGAAGAAAAAACGGUCAAAGAAAGAGACGGUAGAGGAGGAAAAUGGGCUGGAAAAUGUAGAAGUAAAGGUGGAAGUUGAAGGCAAAGUGGAGAAAAAACGGAUAAAGAAAGAGAAAGUAGAGGAGGAAAAUGAGCUAGAAAAUGUAGAAGCAGAGGUGAAUGGUGAAACCAAGACGAAGAAAAAACGGACAAAGAAAGAGAAGGAAGAGAAGGCGACCGAGCAGGAAGAUGUUGAAGUAGUGGUGGAAGUUGAAGGCAAAGUGGAGAAGAAACGGAUAAAGAAAGAGAAGGUAAAGGAGGAUAAUGGCCAGCCUGGCGGGGAGACAGCAGAAUACCAUGUGCAGCAAAAUGUUGAACUGGACGUAGAAAUUAAAUCAGAGAAAAAGCGAAAGAAGAAAGAGAAGCUUCAGGAACAGAAUGGGCAGCAUGAGUUAGAGGAACCAGUAGAGCUGAGCGUGCAGGAGAUGGGAGAAGAACUCACAGAAGCAGCAACAGCAAAAAAGCACAAAAAGAGCAAGAAAAGGAAGACUACCGAAGGAGAGGAGCCAACGGUGCAGCAGGAAGAUACGGAGACGACGGAAAAGGUUAAAUCCAAAAAGCGGAAGAAGGUGGAGCAGUGAGUGAAGUCAAUUCAUCCAAUGAGUUGACACUUGUUUUGUACAGGACUCUCUCACUCUAUCUCUCAAAGGUACUAUAAGAGUAAGCUGUUCACAGUGACGGAACUUUUGCGAAACCAACCGGCUUUUGGUUUGCUUUACAAAUAAAACACGUUUGCCAACA